AUGCCUGCGGAUUGUCUGUCUAGCAGGCGGGCUGGCUCCGAGCGACCGACACGCGGCAAGCUCGCCUGUUUGCGUUGCCAGCGCCGCAAGAUUCGUUGUGACGGCGAUUUACCGACUUGCAAAAACUGCCGCAACGCGGGCGCCGCAUGUACAGAUGGUCUCAGUGCGCGCUUGAAGGAUCUGCCCAGGGCUGAGAUAUCGACCCUCAAGUCUCGCAUCUCAUGGCUCGAGUCCAUCAUUCGACAGAGAUGCCCAGAUGUGGACUUGGAAAACGGACAGUCGCAGCAAGAAAUUGACCCGGCCAUGCUGGACAUGCCGACGCUGGAGCCACAGCCAAGCAUCGUCGCGACUGUAAAUAAUGCGCCUCAGAUAGCCCCAGAGCCUCAGCAACCCCCCCAGCCGAGGCAAGCCUUGGAGCAAGUACUUGGUGGGAAUAGCGCAUCUGCCCACGAGAUUGGCAUGCUGUCGCUCGGUGCCAGCCAAGACUCACGGUACAUUGGCCCGUCCAGUGGUUAUUUUCUCGCCCGAGUCAUGUUGAGCAAGCGUCGUGAUUCCAUCGGCGACUUGGAUACAACAAGGAAUGCCAUUGACGUCCCAGGAGACCUGAUUGAAUCUUGCACCGGUCCUCUCCCCCUGCCGCCGAAGCGGCUCGCCCAGCGAAUGUGCGACGCCUAUUUCGAGUUCGUCCAUCCACAGUACCCCAUCUUGCAUCACCAAACGACGCUAGAUGCCAUGGAUCAUGUAUACGAAAAUGGUAAUGUGGCUCCUGCCAUCUCUUUCCAAGUAUUUAUGGUCCUUGCAAUUGGUGGGACAGCAUUAUCCAUGCGCUCCAAAGCGCGCUUACCCAGCGACUCGUACUGCCUCGCGGCGUUGGAGUCGUUCCCGAGAAUCAAUAUUGAAAACUCAAUACAGGGACUACAGUGCUUGCUACUCCUCUUCAUUUUUGCUCUGCAUAGUCCUUGUACGCGAUUCAACGUGUGGUAUCUCAACUACCAGUGCCUGGCCGGCGUGUUGGACCUUGGGCUGCAGCGGAACAUCACCGUCGAGUCUGGAAUCUCGCUGCUGGAGCAGGAGGUGAGGACCCGCCUCUUUUGGGUGUGUAUUCUUUUGGAUAGAACAGUCUGCACAAUCAUGGGCCGACCGAUCGGGCUUCGCGACGAAGCUUGCGAGCUGCGGUUACCGCAAGGAAUUGAAGACGUCAUGCUUUCCGCGGCUCAGGACUCUACAUCAAACCCGAAACCUCUUGGAAUAUCAUACUCAGUUCACCUGUUUCGCGCGACAAAGAUCAAUUCGGAGAUCAAGUACGUCGCCAACAGCAUUCUCCAGGAAGCUCCGAGAUAUGCGUACCCGCCGCAGACAGAUAUCCACGGAUGGCAAAAGAAUGUGCUGCAGCAGCUUGACGAAUGGCUGGCAGGCAUUCCCUCAGAUAAUCAACACCCGAAUGAAUUUAUGCAGCUCGUCUGUCAGCUGCGCUACCACGGUCUCUGCCUGCUUCUGCUCCGACCGAGCCCGGCAAUUCCGAAGCCCACCUCCGCCUCCCUGAUGCGAUGCUACGAGAGCGCCGUCGAGAGCAUCCGAAUCCUGGACCAGAUGUAUCGCCAGAACCUUCUCAUCCACAACUGGAUCAGCCUGCACGGCCUGGUCCUCGCGGUGCUGACGCUCCUUUACUGCGUCAAGGCGGAGCCUGAGGUGGCGCGGGCGACGCAGCCCGACGUCCUCGCGGCGACGAUCAGCUCGGCGCUUGGUAUUUUAAGCGCUACGGGAGAGCACUGGGUGUCCGCAAAGAAGUGUCGCGACAUCCUCGAGGACCUGGCCCGGUCGACGGCGCAGUGGCUGCAGGGCCAGCAGUCUACACAGGGGCUUUCGCGGUCGAGUCGCAUCCAGGCGCGGGCCCCGGUUGAGCAGGUACAUGGAAGUGGCAGCGAGAGCAUGGAAAUGCCAUUUUUUGACGCUGCGGAGAUGGAUGGCCUGUUUCCGCCUUUUGGGGGCUUGUUCGCGGACGGCGAGUCUGUGAACAUCGACGUCAUGAUGCAGAGUCUAUUCCAGGAUUUCAUUCCGACGAUGCAUAAGUGA